AUGUGAGAUCUCAUCAUGAGGAACAGCUGUUACAACAUGGUGGCAACAGUGCUCUUGGUCCUGAACUUGGAGAGGACAGGAGCAGCGCAGGAUCCCUGUGGGGAUUGCCCAGCUGGUACUCUCUGUGAGAACACCAGGCAGCCGGCUUGCAUUCCUUGUCCUGUAAACAGCUUCUCCAGCACAGGGGGACAGACGAGCUGCGACACGUGCAAGCGGUGCGAAGGCGUUUUCAGGACCAAGAGGGCAUGCUCCCCGACCAGCGAUGCCGAGUGUGAAUGUGUCUCCGGGUUUCACUGCCUGGGCGCGGAAUGCACCAAGUGUCAACGGGACUGCAACCCAGGGCAAGGAUUAACCAAAAAGGGUUGUGAAGACUGCUGCUUUGGGACAUACAACGAUCGGACAGAAGGCAGCUGUCGGCCCUGGACAAAUUGCUCCUUGCACGGAAAAUCUGUGCUCGUGAAUGGGACGAAGGAAAAGGAUGUGGUGUGUGGACCACGUUCAGUUGACUUCUCUCCAACGACAUCUUCAGUCACUGUUCCUGCUCCGGAGAGAAAGGCAGAUGGCCAGCCGCCGGUCACGCCCGUCUUCCUGGCACUGAUGUUGGCCGCGGCCCUGUCGCUGAUGUUCGUCUUCCUGCUCCAUUUCGCCCGCGCCAACUGGGGCCGAAAGAAACUGCUGUAUAUAUUCAAACAACCAUUUACAAAACCAGUGCGGACUGCCCAGGAGGAAGAGGCCUGUAGCUGCCGGUUUCCCGAAGAAGAAGAAGGAGACGCGGGCCGUGAAGCAGAAGGCCCAGGGCUAUUGGGACGCGCUUGA